UAAUUGAAGUUUCUUUAGUUUCUACAGCGGAGUCAACACGCAGUGUAGCCCGAUCAGUGAACGGAUAAAAAGCAGCACCCGUCGUCGGACAAUGUUGCCCAGGAGCAUAACUGUAUGUGUGACCCUGUGUCUAUGGAUUACAGUGUUGUCGACCCAUGGAACCUUCGCUGCGAGGACCAGGCAGGAUGACUCGUUCUUCACUGCUAGCAUUUACCGAGCAAGAUGCGCCUCGAGAUGUCUCAGCCUGCAUAUCACUCGCAUCUCUGCUUUUUUCAAGCACUCCCAGAAUAAUGGAUCCUUGGUUUGGUGUCAGAAUCACAAACAGUGCUCAAAGUGCCUGGAGCCCUGCAAGGAAUCCUGGGACCUGAAGGAAAAUCAGUGCCAGGACUUAUGUGAGCCCCUCUUUCCCAAGAAGCACUAUGAGUGUUUGACUAGCUGUGAGUUCCUGAAGUCUGUAGAAGGGGUGAAACAGGGGGACUGCUCGGCCCCUGAGAAGGCCAGUGGCUUCGCUGCAGCCUGCGUGGAGAGCUGUGAGGAGGAUGGAGAGUGCUCCGCUGUCAAGAAGUGCUGCUCCAAUGGCUGCGGACACACCUGUCAGACCCCCAAGAACCUCUACAAAGGAGCACCCCUGAAGCCCAGAAAGGAGCUGGUGUUUGUGGAGCAGCCGUCCGGAGGCCUGGUGAUCCGCUGGUCCUCUAAGUUCAACAUCUCUGUGGAGCCUGUCCUGUACGUGGUGCAGCGCCGCUGGAACUAUGGCAUCCACCCCAGUGAGGAUGACGCCACAGAGUGGGAGACCGUGGCACAGACUACAGAGGAGCGCAUCCAACUGGCCGACAUCAGAGCCAGCAGAUGGUACCAGUUCAGAGUGGCUGCCGUCAACGUUCACGGGACCCGCGGGUUUACUGCCCCUAGCAAGCACUUCCGCUCCUCCAGAGAUCCCGCCGCCCCUCCCAGACCAGCCAGCCUGCGUGUCACCAACAUGACGCUGGGUGCUGAGGGGACGGUGUCAGCCCGUCUCAACUGGACCCUGCCCUCGGAGCCCGACAUCCCCGUCCAUCACUACAAAGUCUUCUGGAGCUGGACUGUUCCCGGCAAGUCGCUGGUGCCGUCCAAGAAGAAGAGGAGGAAGACCACCAACGGGGCCCAGAGCUGGGUGGAUCUGGAGGGCCUGCUGACUAACAAUAGCUACACAGUGGAGCUGCAGGCAGUCACCUACUGGGGUCAGGUGCGUCUGAAGAGCUCCAAGGCAUCACUCCACUUCAGCACUGCUGCCCAGAACAAUGACUCUGUGAAACCAGUGUCCAAGAAGGAGGAGGUUAUGAUGCCUGUUGGCUCCACCCUUGGCAAGCGCCCGGCCGGCCCUCUGGAGGUGGGCACACCCUUCUACCAGGACGGCCAGCUACAGGUCCGCAUUUACUGGAAGAACCGAGGGGAUCCUUUGGUGAGUCGUUACCAUGUCCAGUGGAUGCCUGAGUACUGCAGUCACAACGAGACCAGAGGACCAGAGAAGUCAGUCACACAGGAGAACUACAUCAACCUCCCGGGCCUGCUCUUCUCCUGCAAGUACAAAGUCACUGUUCACAUGCUCAAGUCCAAGAGGCGCGCCAAGGACGAGAGCACCACCUUCCUCACCCCGUCCUGCGCCACCAUCAGGAGCAAGAGCCACAAACACAUCCCCUGUCCUGGGGAGGAAGCCCCACUUCCCAAAGUGUUGGCUAAGUCGGAGAAUCUGACGGCGUCCUUCUCCAUCCACGAGGGAAAUGUCACAGGCAACUUUCUGUGGCGGGUGUCACAGGUCCUGGCCCAUCAACGAAUCACAGGCUUCCAGGUCACCUGGGCCGAGGUCACCACUGAGAGCCGACAAAACAGCCUGCCCAACAGCAUCAUCUCCCAGUCCCAGAUCCUGCCUCCAGACCAUAGUCUGCUGGUGGUGUCUAACCUGCGGCCAGCCACGUACUACAGACUGGAGGUCCAGGUGAUAACGUCAGGAGGUGAGGGUCCUGCCACCAUUAAGACCUUCCAGACCCCCAGUGUGUUACCAGUCCUUCAACACCGACCCAGACUCAGGCAGCACCAUCCACAUCACCAGAAGUCCUCAGCGGAGAGACAUUGAGACCCCUGACCCAUCAGACCCAGUGGGACAGGAACCAAUGUCUCUCAGCACCUUCACCCAGGGAGGGAAUACAGUGUGGAACCAAACAGCAACACAGCAGACCAUGAAAUCUGACCCCAACCUAUGUGAAAUGGGUUCACCUUCAGGCUGCACAGCAUAUGCUUUCCCUCAGUCCUUCCUGAUUCCAUCCACUGACUGGACUCUCUGCACCAUACGGUUAGAUGCAUACUGAUAUGUAGGACUCUUUUCUUUAGGACUGGUUGGUUCAUUCUCCUGUUAUUUAUGGGACACUAAGACUAAGUUGGUUAAGGAGUUUAGGAAUUCUCAAACUGUUUGUUCCAAUAGAAACAAUAACAAAACAACAGUAUAUUAUCAAUUCCAAUUGUAUAUCUUUGUAUAUCUAGAACUCAAAGAUUGUUAGAUUAUAAAAGGACAAGAAAAAAGUAAAUCACAUUUUGUUUGAAUGUCAUGCUAACUAAAUUGAAAACAGGUUAAUAACAGUGGAGAGAACGGCAUACAAUUGUAAAACACAAUCAUGUAUUCAUUAAGAAAGGCGCGUGUUCACCUAUUUAUUUUUGUUUUACCAAGUAAAAAGAUGUCGCUUAGGCAUACCCUAUGUACUGAUGAAUAAUGUAACUAAAACCAGUGUAGUUUAACCCAGAAUGUUUCUCAUAGUAUGUUGCAUGUAGAAGUACAUUUGAAUUUAAACUGUAAAUAAAUGACAAGCUUCAAAUUGAAUGCUUGUGAUGGUUUUGCAUGUCAAACGUUAGUGUUCUGUAGGCAUGAACAUGUCUGUUACCUCUUUUGGAUAUGUUAGCAAUGUUUCAUUAACAGAUAAUUAUAUGGGGAAUAAUAUGUCAUGUUUAUUAAUGAAAUUAUAACUUUUAUGUGGAAAUUAUGGAAUUUUAUGUUCUAUGACUGCAGAAAUAUUUGUUGUGGAACAGUCAGUGAAUGUCUAUUUAUUUAUGUGUGUAUUACAAAGUUUGAUUUGUGUGUGUGUGUUGUGUUUUAGUCUAGUGUUUUUGAACCGGCAAAACAUCUUGUAAAGACAUUUUGUAAAAAUGGAAUUGUAAAUAUAGUCUCAUGUUACAUGUUAUUUUUCCAUGGUAGAAACUGUACAAACUGGUAAGUAAUAAAAUAAUCCUUAACCUA